UGACAAACAAAGCUGUGCAAAACAGCGGCGAUAGCAAAGGCUAGAUAGCUAACUGAACAAAUACAUGUCUCACUCGUCCAGAAUAGCUUAUCUAAUAUUUAUUCAGAUCUAUAACAAUGCGCGGCUUAUACAAUUGUAAACGACGUUGUUUUAAGAUUGAGUAAAUGUCUACUAGCCAGUUAAGCCGGAGCGUAUUGUACAAAUCUAACUUUAGUGGAAUUCCAGCUUCACAGCCAACAUCAUCGACGACGACGUAAAAAAGAAACAAACAAACAACAAUAUUUAACAUAGCUAAAUAUCAGCAGCAUGGACACGAAUGUGCAGAAGAGACGUGAGAACAAGAAAUCACUGCGUGUAAAAGUGAUCAGCCUUGGCAAUGCCGAGGUGGGCAAGAGCUGCAUCAUCAAGCGAUACUGUGAGAAGAGGUUUGUGCCCAAGUAUCUGGCCACCAUAGGGAUCGACUAUGGGGUCACCAAAGUCCAGGUGCGUGACAGGGAGAUCAAAGUGAACAUCUUUGACAUGGCAGGACACCCCUUCUUCUACGAGGUUCGUAAUGAGUUCUAUAAGGACAGCCAGGGAGUGGUGUUGGUGUACGACGUAGGUCUGAGGGAGAGUUUUGAUGCGCUGGACAACUGGCUGAGUGAGAUGAAACAGGAGAUGGGUUCCCAGGCUAAUAUGGAGAGCAUCGUUUUUGUCGUCUGUGCCAACAAGGUGGACCUGACUAAGCGUCGUGUGGUAGACGAGGGAGAGGGUAGGCUGUGGGCGGAGUCAAGAGGGUUCCACUACUUUGAGACGUCAGCACAGAGCGGAGAGGGUAUCAGUGAGAUGUUUCAGGCGUUUUUCUCCUCCAUAACGGACAUGUGUGAGAACGGCGGGAAGCGCCCGGUGGCAGAGGUCAGUGUCGGCUUCACCAAGGAGCAGGCCGACACCAUCCGACGCAUACGGAACAGCAAGGACUCCUGGGAUAUGCUGGGGGUCAAACCUGGAGCCACACGGGAGGAAGUUAACAAGGCAUACAGGAAGCUGGCUGUGCUGCUCCAUCCGGAUAAGUGCGUUGCCCCGGGCAGCGAGGAUGCUUUCAAGGCCGUGGUGAAUGCUCGCACCUCCCUGCUCAAGAACAUCAAGUAGACGCCAGCUAGGCACUGCUCACCCUGACCCCUAACCCCUCGCCAUGUUUCCUCGUCUAAUACCACCUCACCUUCAGAACAUCAUCAGCUUCUCUACCCCCUCCCAAACCCCAAAACCAACCCUUCCCCCUUCUCUGCUCUCCAUCCCUCCCACCCCACCCCCCCUCCUCUCACACCAGAUGCCAUGACAUUUUGCUACAACAGAGUUUUAUAAAGUCACUACUGAUGAUGUGCCACAGCAAAUCAGUCUCUGUACGGAAGACUAUCAAUGCUUUACACUGUAGUCUUUCACACACUUGAGAGAGAAGUCACUGGAAGACUGGGUGUGUCGUCUGCUUGAUCAGUUGUGUUUUCUCUGGUCCAGAGCCUUCAAGCGGCUUGUUGACCUCUCCUGUUUUAAGGAAGGCUCAGCAUCAGCAAGCCACACGUAACGCCCUGGACAAGAGCUAUAUAUUUGUAAACAUGAAUGGUUGGUUGUCGUAAGGGGUGGUUGUCAGAAGGGGUGGUUGUCAGAAGGGGUGGUUGU